GCACACAGUGCGUUUACUGUAGUCCGUUCUGUCCUCUAGCAGUUUUUAUAUCGGUAUAGUAGAUCCUACGUAGCGAAACUCCGGUAUCGGGCGAAACUAUUCGGAUGUGUGAAACCGAACAAACGGACACUUGUUUAAUCUGUUAUUACCGCAUUCAGUCGAGUCAAACAUGAUUCUUUUCAGAUCGGCUGUAGCUCCGCUCUUCCUCCGCUGAAAAUCGCUCGUUUGGGAGGAUUUUGUUUAACAAGGAAACUUGAAAGAUUCGGCGCUUUGAUUUGUCGGUUGAUAACCGUUAUCUGCUUCACGCGCACUGUUAAUACGGACGAGAGCGCGCAAAGCGGACACUCUUCACAUGCUGAGCCAUGGAGACGCCAACUUCAGCCAAACUUCACACCUGCCUGUCAAUAUUCACAUUUCUGUGCUGGGUCUCGGGUGACCUGGCCCAACUUCAGCUGCCCCAAAAAAAUGUCGAAGUGAUCGAAGGGAAGAUGGUAGUGCUGCAGGCUUCAUACGUGGGUACUGAGAUUCAGAGAAACACUGUCGUCUGGAACUACAUGUCAAGCAAUACAGAAAUGAUCAUCUCAUAUGUUGGUGGACAGUUGAGUCACCGCAGUGCCCAGUUUGCCGGACGGGUCAGUUUUAAUAAACCAAUGCCCAACAACGACCUGUCGCUGUUCAUAAACAACACAAAAGCAUCUGACUCAGGACGGUACAUGUGUCAGGUGAUCAUCCCUGGGGACUCAGGGUUUACUGGAGAGCUGACCCUCGAUGUGAAGGUCCCUCCCUCUGUUCCGAUGUGUAAAAUUGUUGGGAAACCAGUUCUUAAAGGAAACAUCACAUUCAGCUGUAACUCAGAAUCUGGAAAACCAGCCCCCAUAUACAAGUGGACAAGAACCAGCCCCUCCUCAGAAGUCUUCUUUUCACCUGCGCUAAAUGAAACAGCGGGAACUUUGAAACUGAACAAUCUGAGCAGUAAUAUGUCAGGAAAAUACAUGUGCAUUUCAUCCAACUCUGCAGGAGAGGAGUCGUGCUACUACGACCUGAAUGUUAUCACUUCAACUAAUGCCGGUGUCAUUGCUGGUGCUACGGUGGGUUGCAUUGUGGGGGUCGUUCUGAUCCUUCUCGUCAUUUUCUUCUUGUGGACGAGAAGAAAAGAUACAGAAGAUGAUAUAGCCAACGAAAUCAAGGAAGAUGCUCAAGCUCCUAAACGCGUCUCAUGGGCCAAAAGUGGCACCGGAUCUGACAUCAUCUCUAGAAACGGCACCCUUUCCUCCAUUCAAACCAGCCCACUGGACAACCACAACCACCAUUAUUACCCCAACUCUCACCCACCGUCUGACACCGGCUCCAUCAUCACAGCCACGGGCAGCACAGCCGGGUACCGCUCUCAGCCUCCAGCAGAUUCCACGCUGGAACGUACGUUGCCGGGUUACAACAUCAACCCUUCUCUUCCCCGUGGACCCUUGGGACCCUUCAGCACCAACAGAGGCUCCAUGCACCCCUCAGUACCCCGGACAGCCUCUGCACAGCCGCACAUUCCACGUCCGCCCAUAAUCCCCACCACCGUAACUGCUGCCAACAUCUCCCGCAUGGGAGGGGUGCCCAUUAUGGUGCCAGCUCAAAACCAGGCUGGCUCACUGGUGUAGGAACAAACUAUUCUCCCGAACCUCUGAAGGUAAAAUGUUCAAGUGAAGCUAACACCUGUGACCUCACAAACUGAAGCACAUUGGAAAGGACAAAUUGUAACUGAUACUGUAAAUUCAUUGCCUCAUUUUAUGGAAACGGUGUAAUACAGUGUGAUGUCAUUUUUUUACAUUUUUAUUUUUUAAUAGAACAAAUGUAAUUAGGUAUAUGUAAAGAGGUUGAGUAAUACUGCACAUUUUAAUAUUUUAUACAAUUAUUGUUUACUGCCUUUUUUAGUGUUCCAUGAAAGUUUUAACGUUUCUUUACAUGGUUAAUGUAAAGUUGAACUCGUGAUGAAAAUAGACUAUUAUUCAUGUUUUCCAUUAAAAGAAUCAUCCUUUUAUUUUAUUUCUGAUAUUUUUUGCAAACUAAAGAUGCUAACUUGCCUUGAUGAAAACAAAUGAAAAUUCCAUAUCAUUCCAUAAUAUAGAAUAAUCAUAAGUGCAUACAUCAAAGAGAAUGUCAACAGCCUCUACUUAUAUAGAGUGAUAUAUAUUAAGUUGCUAUACAUUUGCCUUUUAAUGUUUUCUUUGACCAAAAAAUAUAUAUAGUUAGAAACAAAUCUGUGUUCUUAGCUCUUUUGAAUAUAUGAUAGCUCUUGUUUUAGAAGUGUAGAAUUUGGCAGUAUCUUAUUUAUAUAUGUAUAACAUUUUGUACCCUAUGAUGUGGUUUACAACUAUCAUAUAGGGCUGAUAAUGUAAAAAAUAUAAUUAUGACUAUUUAUGAACAUUCCUCUACUAUAAAUGUGUAUUUUUUUGUAAGUCAGUGGUUAUCAUUUAAUGACAGCAGAUAAAGACAAGAUUUUUCUGUUAAUAUGGUAUAAUGGACAAACCAAAGAUUUACUGUUGAAGGGUUCACACUGGUAACUUGCUGUCAUUACACUUACCGUGUAAAGCUUACAAACAAUAUUAUUUGUUAUCAAGUGAUCACAUACAUGAGAUUAUGAGGCUGUAGAUGGAGGUUCUAAGGAUAAAAGGACCAUUUUACAAGAAAAUAAAUACACAAAUAAAGUAUUCUGUAAACAAACGGAAAUUUGAGCAUUACCGCCGAUCAGACCAAUAUCAUGAGUCCACUUGUGUUUAUAAUUGCUUUGUGAGCAAAUGCUGAAUGAUGUCCAUUACAGGGCACUGAUUUUACAACAAAAAUGUUUUAAAUAUAUUAAAUAUGUUCUAAUACAUUGCCUGUAUGCUAACAAACUUAGUAUAAUGGCUGAAUUCAUGUCGGUCAUGGUUUAGACACUGGAUAACCUCGAACUGCUCAGUAAAUAAGACAUUUAUGGUCUGUGGAUAUUUUGUAUUCAUAUUUUUUAUUAAAAGGAACUGUAAAAAGCA